AGAGAGAGAACGAGGUCAUACCUUUGCCUUCACUGGAGAGACUUAAAGCAAUCUUUUGCCACAGCACCAUCGACCGCCGGGUGCAUCUGCUGCAAGUAUGAUUAAGAAAAUGCCAUCAUCCGAAAACGAGUUCGACAUACCGGCCAAGAAUUGCCACAGGAUGGUGAUUCUGGGAUCCACUAAAGUUGGGAAGACUGCCAUCAUUUCUCGGUUUCUGAACGAGAGAUUUGACGACCAGUACACACCUACUAUUGAGGACUUUCACAGGAAAUUCUACAGCAUCAGGGGAGAUGUUUACCAACUGGACAUUUUGGACACAUCUGGAAAUCAUCCCUUCCCUGCCAUGAGGAGGCUUUCAAUACUUACUGGUGAUGUGUUCAUCUUGGUGUUUAGCCUGGAUAACAGAGACUCUUUCCAGGAGGUGCAGCGCCUGAAGCGCCAGAUUUAUGAGACCAAGUCUUGUCUGCGAAAUAAAACCAAAGAGAACGUGGACGUCCCGCUGGUCAUCUGCGGCAACAAGUGCGACAGAGACUUUUAUCGUCAGGUGCAGGAGGACGAGAUCGAGCAGCUCGUUGGUGGAGAUGAGCAAUGCGCUUACUUUGAAAUCUCGGCAAAGAAGAACACCAACGUAGACCAGAUGUUUCAGACUCUCUUCACUAUGGCCAAGUUACCCAAGGAAAUGAGCCCCGACCGUCACUGCAAAGUUUCUUUGCAGUGUCGCGAGGUUCUCCACAGAAAGUCCUUCAGAAACAAGAAGUGCAAGGAUGGGAACGCAUACGGGAUUGUGGCGCCCUUUGCACGGAGACCCAGCGUGCACAGUGACUUGAUGUACAUAAGAGAGAAAGCUGCGGGGGGCAGCCAGGCCAAAGAGAGAGGCUGCAUCAUAUGCUGAGAUUUAUUUAUAUAUAUUAUAUUAUUAUUUUUUCGCCAGAGUGCAAAGAGACUGUGAGCCUUUCCAGCCGUCCUGCAUACAGGGCUCAUGAGCUCAUAAGCGGCAGACUUCAGCACCUGAGGUGACAGUGACACUGUGAUCCAAACUGGGCAGAGACACAAGCAAGUGGCUUAACUGUUAGGGCCAUCUCUGUAGCGAUGCAGUAGAUACUCUGAAAACGCUGUAAAACAUGCCUCUGCAUUAGUUUGCAAAGAGAAAAAUAGUUUACAUUUUGCUAUUUUUUCCACACUUGAUGGAAUUUGAAUGUUUGCUGCAUUAUGAACAAAUCUGAUGAUGAAUGUGUAUUUAUUAUGCAAAUGUCAACUUUUCCGUAAAAAAGAAAAUAAAACAACUUUUUAGAUUUAUAUGUUGUCUUCCUCUUCUCUCUCCUUUCAUGGAGGUUACAUGAAACACUGCACAGCCUGCACAGUACAAGUCUCUGAACAUUUCAUUCAGUGUGAAAAAUGUCAGUAUUAAAACAUUUAAUAUCUGUCACUCCUUACAUAAACAACUGACAUACUUGAGAGACAACCCAAGCAAACACUGUUUAAAGCACUUUCACUCAGUUUGAUCUUUUAACCAUUUUAGCCCUGUGUCACCAGCUGUUAAAUGAGGAUAUAGAAAUAGAAUUAUUGGAUUCUUAACAACCCUAAAUCCCCUUUCCGUGUAUCCAUGUCUACAAACACGAUGA